AUGGACAUGGAGCGCGGGGCCGGGGCCGGUGUCGGGGCCCGCAGGGCGGUGGAGGUGGUGGAGGAGGAGACCGGGGCCGGGGGGGAGGAGGGCGGCGGCGGCGGCGGCGGCAAGAGGCCGAGGGCCAGCGGGGAUGUCAGUGGUCAGUGCUGCACUAUGGAACAUCAAGUGGAGACCGUGAUUCAGUAUGAAACAUCUCUGCUGCCCAGCCAUUGCUACGACCAUGACACCACUGCUCCUAUCAGCUUCUACAUCACAUCACUCGAGGAGCUCAAUUGCUGGCAGCCCGCUUUGCACGACCAUCAGUUCAACAGAGCGGUUAUCCCCUUAGCUCCACGCCAGCCUCCUCUACAGUGUAAUCGGCCAAGGACACUGGUCUGUCACGACAUGGCUGGUGGAUACUUGAACGACAGGUAUAUACAAGGAACAUGUGAUGAGAACCCUUUUGUCUUUUACCACUGGUCGUACAUCGACAUCUUUGUGUACUUCAGCCAUCGAAUGGUGACUAUCCCACCUUCCUGCUGGACCAAUGCUGCACACAAACAUGGAGUCCUCAUCCUCGGAACUUUCAUCACAGAAUGGAAGGAAGGGGCUGCAGUCUGUGAGACAUUCUUGAAAAACAAGGAGUCAUUCUGUGCCUUGGCGGACAAGCUUGUGAUGGUAGCCCAGUGGUUUCGGUUUGAUGGAUGGUUGAUCAACAUUGAAAACAAGUUGAGUGCCACUGCGGUUAAGAAUGUGCCUGAGUUUCUCAGCUAUCUACGUGCCAGCAUGCAGCAAGCUGUUCCUCAGAGCCUAGUUAUCUGGUAUGAUAGUGUGUUGGAGACUGGUGAACUGGAAUGGCAGAAUGAGCUGAAUGAAUUGAACAAAGUUUUCUUUGAUUCCUGUGACGGUAUUUUCCUGAACUACAACUGGACGGAGGAGCACCUGGAGCGGACGUUGGAUCUGGUGGUGGGACGCCAGGCAGAUGUCUAUGUUGGGGUAGAUGUGUUUGGCCGAGGAGAUGUGGUUGGAGGAAUGUUCGAAACCAAUCGGUCCUUCGAGCUGAUCAGGAAGUACAACUUGUCGGGAGCUUUGUUCGCUCCUGGCUGGGUGUAUGAGGCUCUGGAUAAGGAGAGCUUCCAUCAAAACCAACACAAGUUCUGGAGUUUGUUGGCUGAAUAUUUGCCCGUUCACCGUAUCUGCACACUGCCCCUUGUCACGUCGUUCUGUCAAGGCUUUGGGAAGAACGUUUACUGGAAUGGAAAGGUGGAGACCGCUGGGAGCUGGCUUAAUCUUAGUGCACAGGAAAUUCAGCCUUUAUUUAUAGACCUGCAGUCGGAUCUGGCGAAUGGUUUAAUGAAGAUCUACGGGUGUUCAGAAGGUGCCUGGAAUGGAGGAUGCAGUCUGGUAAUUAAGGGUCUAAUCCCAAAGACCAGGCCAGAAAUGUCUGUGAGGUUAUUUGGUUUAGAGAUCCAGAGCCCUCCCAGAGUUUUUGUGGCUGUUAUUUAUAAGGUGGAAGAUGACGCUAGAGUCAAGGUGAAUCCGGAGCUAUCGGCAUCUCCCCUGCCACAAUGCAACUCUGGCAAGCUUUCCUCAGCUAAUGUAUUGAAACCGCAGCCACUGUCAGAGGAUGAUGCCCUGGUGCAUAAUUAUAUUCAGAAUUAUACUCGCUGGAGCCCUGAGGGAUGGACCCUUCGCUGCUUUCUCUUCGAGCUGACGGACUGCAUCGUUGAGGAUUUCUCUGUCAGCUUUGCGCGUGAAGUGGAGGGUGCCACGGACGUGCACUUUAAAUGCAGACUGGGAGAAGUCAAGAUUCUAGAUGCUGCCAAGUUGAGUGUGGAACAGUACCCAGUUGGGAAGCUUACCUUGUCCAGUAUCUUGUGGAGGAAGGUUCAGGAAAUGGAAGACCAGCUCUCUCUCAGUGUCACACUGCGAUGGACCUACCCUCCAAACUCAGCAAGCUACUUCAAGAUAUACAGUCAGGCCACAAGCCACUCUGAAGACCACAGGACCGAUGACUCUGAGCUGACGAGCAUCGGCCGGACGAGUGCUAACCUUUACCGUGUGGUGGAUCUGCGAGUUGCCAAUGCCACCGGUGGUGAGGUGCGGCAGGCACGGUUUCUGAUCCAGCCAGUGACCCGGGCAGGUUUUACGGUGGAUCGAUCAGCCUGGGGAAAGGCAGUUCUGACCUACAGUCACCCUCAGUGAAGAAACAUUGAGCAGUAGCCACCUGUGGCUGCGUGAACGCUAUUCAACUUCCCUUGCUUGGCAUUAGUGGCAGGCACUUUGCUGCAGUUGUACUGGUGAAAUGUGGACCACUUUGCAGACACGAGGAACUGCAGGUGUUGGCUUACAAAAUAAAGACACAAAGUGCUGGAGUAACUCAGCAGGCCAGGCAGCAUCGCUGGAGAACAUGCACAGGCAACGUUUUGGU